CUCAACAAAGAAGAUAUCACAAAGCGUUACUAACCUUGGGCACGAAGUAUGAGGACGACAUAUACAGAAGGCUUUCAGCACUGUUCGUAUUACGCCAGAUAUGAAAAGGUCCAUAUUAUCUAUCAUCUCGCUAUGUGCAUUUAAGUGGGGAACAUCCAGUAGAAGUGGCGAUAUGUUGGUGUUUAGGUUCUGCCCUCGCCCUCGCAGCUUCUCUAAUAUAAAUAAAUACUGUUACGAAAUAACAAUUUGCAGCUGUUGCUAAUAAAAUUUCAUUGCAC